AUGUGUGAUGAUAUAGUUCAUCACAUGACCAGUAUACUGAGCACGGCCCUGAGGAAGGGCGGCAGUAUACUCAGUUACCCUCAAAGGAUGUGCAACUUCAUUGUGCACGAACGAUGCGUGGGGCAGGUGGUGACGCCGUGCUGCGGGGUGGCGCCGAGCCUUAUCAAGAAUCCCGUGGCUCAUUGUUGGUCGGAACCAACUCACCACAAACGGAAGUUCUGCACGGUGUGCAGAAAACGGCUUGACGAACUACCAGCUUUACAUUGUAUGAUAUGCGAGUACUACGUCCACGGCGAGUGCGUGGACUUCGCGGCGGCGGACUGCAAGGAGAACGCGACCUACUGCGCCGGCAGCGAGCCGCGGCACGUACAUCACUGGCGGGAGGGAAACCUGCCCGCCAACAGCAAGUGUGCCGCGUGCCGCCGCGCCUGCUGGUCCACGGAAUGCCUUACAGGCUACCGCUGCGAGUGGUGCGGCAGCACGUGCCACGCCGGGUGCCGCGCCCUGAUCCCGGAGGAGUGUAACUUCGGCGCGCUGCAGCCCAUCUUCCUGCCGCCGUCCGCGGUGUCCAUUCCUCGCACGGAGGUCCCGAUGGAAGCCAUCAUCGGCGUACACGUGCGGCCGCCUCCAUCGCAGCGCGACUUCGGAUGCCCGCGGCGGCGCGGCGGCUGGGCGCCGGCGAGGCUCGUGACGCUGGCUCGCCGCCUGCUACCGGCCGCCUGCAGCCCGCAUGGCGGCGCUUCGCCCCCCUACUCCAGAGCUCGCAGUGUCAGCGAGGAGUUCAGCUCGGGCUGCGAGGGCCGCUCGGGCUCCGGUGGCGGCUCCACGGGCGCUCCGGCCGACCAGGACCACCGGCCGGACCAUAAACAACAUCGAGACCGCACACCCGACGACAGGGAUGAAGAGGUAGUGAAGGUGUACGACGGCGAGGCUGCGUGGUCUCGCAGGUUGUACCGGCCGGUGGUGGUGGGGAGGAACUUCAGCGAACGCGAGCUGGUGGCGGCCGCCCUGCGCGCCUUCCACGUGGCUCGCGACCCCGAGCAGUUCGAACUGACGGACGCACUCGCGGGGGACGAGCCGCCGCUGAAGGACCCCACCCCACUGGCCAGGGUCACACGCCUGCCCAACAAAAGACCAGCUCUCUUCCUACGAUUCAAGGAGGGUGAGUCCGGUGGAGGCACGGUGCGUGUGUACCCGGGGCGUGUGGCGGGCGCGGGGGACGCGUUCGUGACGGUCCCGUGUAACGGAGAGGACGCGGUGGCCGACCUCAUGGCCGCGGCCUUGGAGCGCUUCGGAUUAGAUCCCGGGAACGCCACCAAUGAUUACCGCUGUUCGGAGAUACUGUUAGAUCGAGGAGUAUCGGAGCGUGUGUUGGAGGAAUCUGAGCGUCCGUGGCGUAUCGUGGUCCGGUUGGCGCGCGAGUCAGUCCGUCGUAUGGAGCUGGCUCGGUUCUACCUCCAGCCCCGCGCGGACCCUCACGGGCCGACGCUCGCGCUGUUCGUAGCCUCGCUACCACCGGGACUGUCUGAGAGGAACUAUGAGAACAUCUUGGUGGAGUUCCUCGGAGCCGAGAACAAGUUCACAUCGAUCGGUCCCAUCUACUACGAGUACGGGUCUAUGGUGAUCACGUACGAGGACGCGAGCAAGGCCGUGCGCGCCUUGUACGCUCUGAGAGAGGCGCGCUAUGAAGAUAAGCAUUUAUUAGUUAUGUUAUUACCGAGCAUCGAGCCAUCCAUGGUCCCGGCGGGCGUGAAGCCGCUGUUAGUGUUCGUGAACGUCAAGUCGGGAGGCUGUCAGGGCCUCGAGCUUAUAUCCUCGUUCCGCAAGCUCCUCAACCCUUACCAGGUGUUUGAUCUGGAGAACGGCGGCCCUUUACCUGGGUUGUACGUGUUCCGUCACAUCCCCAACUACAAGAUCCUGGUGUGUGGAGGGGACGGCACCAUCGGCUGGGUGCUGCAGUGUCUGGACAAUGUAGGCCAAGACUCGCAGUGCUCCAACCCGCCGUGUGCCAUCGUACCGUUAGGAACAGGUAACGACCUAGCUCGUGUGCUCCGCUGGGGCUCAGGUUACGCUGGUUGCGAGGAUCCUCAGUCUCUGUUGCGUGACGUCAUCGAUGCAGAAGAAAUCCGCCUCGACCGAUGGACCGUGGUGUUUCACCCCGAGGACAAGCAGGACGAACCCAAAGAACUCUCCAAACAACUGCCUGGCUCGCAGAGCGAAGACAACUCUCAGAUCCUCGUAAUGAACAACUACUUCGGUAUCGGCAUAGAUGCGGACCUUUGUUUAGAUUUCCAUAACGCACGCGAAGAGAAUCCUAAUAAAUUCAACAGCAGGCUCCGUAACAAAGGCGUGUACGUUAAGAUGGGUCUCCGUAAGAUGGUCGGUCGUAAGAUGUGCAAGGACCUGCACAAGGCCGUCAAGCUCGAGGUGGACGGCAAGCCGGUCGACCUGCCCGCUGUAGAGGGCAUUAUAAUUUUAAAUAUACUUAGUUGGGGUUCAGGCGCUAACCCGUGGGGUCCGGAGAAGGACGAUCAGUUCAACAAGCCCAACCACUGGGACGGGAUGCUGGAGGUGGUGGGCGUCACCGGGGUCGUGCACCUCGGACAGAUACAGUCCGGACUGCGGGGCGCCAUGAGAAUAGCACAGGGGGGUCAUAUUAAGAUUAAUCUAAAAAGCGAGAUUCCGGUACAAGUAGACGGCGAGCCGUGGGUCGCGGCCCCCAGCGAGGUGGUCGUGCUCAAGUCAGCGCUCAAGGUAAGUGACGCUACGGGGUCGAUGGGGGGCCUGAUACUACCCGGGGGCCUUUACAUCACGCAUAGACUAGGCUACCAGAAGCGGGGGCUUCACGCUCCCGUUAAGUGUUUUGAUAGUUGUGGUGUGUAA